AUGAAGUUCUUAUCUCUUUCUUUAUUGUCUCUUACUGCUCUUGUCUCUUUCACUAGUGCAGGUCCUUUGGGUGCUCUUGACCAACUCAGAGUGUUUCGUAGCAGUGAACCCGAACUUCGUUUGAUACAAUAUAGUGAGGAUUCUCCUGCUAAAUGGAUGACUGAAUCAGAUAAGGAUGCAUUGCUUCGUGCCGGUAUCAAAUAUAUGGAUAUUACCGAACAUGCUAAUCCUCCUGUUGCUAUUCAUUCUGCCUGGAAGCCCGAUAUUCCCAAAAAUGCUAAAUACCAAGAUGAAGUAUCUCCCUUCAUCGGCAACUUGACAACAGAGACAAUGAAGGAUAAAUUGCAAGAAUUCACAAGUUUCCGUACUCGUUAUUACAAGUCAAGUUACGGUGCCAAGUCUUGUCGUUGGUUAAUUCAGCAAAUCAGAGAUGUUGCAGAUGGUUUUGAUCAUGUGUCUGUAAAAGAGUUCGAGCAUUCUUGGGACCAGUUCUCUAUUAUUGCUCGCUUUGAGGGUUCCAACAAAGAUCUUGAGAAUGAGCUUGUCAUUGUUGGUGCUCAUCAAGAUUCUGUUAAUAUGUGGUUGCCUAGCUAUGCUCGUUCACCUGGUGCUGAUGAUGAUGGUAGUGGUACUGUCACUAUUUUCGAAGCAUUCCGUAGUUUAGUUCACAAUGGAUUUAAGCCUGAAAGGCCUGUUGAAUUCCAUUGGUACAGUGGUGAAGAAGCUGGCUUGUUAGGCAGUCAAGAUGUUUCCGAAGCUUAUGCCAACCAGGGUAAGCGUGUUCUUGCUAUGUUGCAGAAUGACAUGACUGGUUAUGUUGGCAAUAAAAAAGAAGUCAUUGGUAUUGUUACUGAUCAUGUUGAUGAAAAGUUGACUGAUUUCCUUAAAAACUUGGUUGACAACUAUGCUGAUAUUCCCUAUGUUCUUACAAAGUGUGGCUAUGCCUGCAGUGACCAUGCUUCCUGGCGUAAACUUGGCUUCCCUUCUGCCUUUACUAUUGAAAGUGCCUUUGACGAUUCAAACCACUUUAUUCAUACAACUGAAGAUACAAUUGAUAAGCUUUCUUUUGAUCAUAUGAAGGAAUUUGCUAAAGUAGCAGUUGGUUUUGCUGUUGAACUAUCACAUGAGCGCAAGUAA